AUGCAGUUCUCUCUUCUCCUCUCCACCACAGUCGCUUUUCUAUCAUCAUCAUCAAUCCUCGUCCGAUCCGCCACCAUCGCAAACCCUGCGAUUUUGUUGUUUCUUGGUCCAUCGUGCGACUGGCUCUGGACUUCUGGAAUACUCUCUGGCUUUGAUAACGAUCGAACUCCUGUUUCACCCAUCUGGACCCUCCUCGUGCUUAACUCGACAACGCUCCUCCACCGGCAACAUGACGGAGGUAUCAGCCACCCGGCUGUACUUGGGGAACCUCCCUCGCAAUGGUCCGGAUUCAUCGCCCUGACGCUCCUAGUCAAACCACUGACCUGCUGCCCAACAGCUACCAAAACCGACGUCGAGGCUCACUUCGCGACUCAUGGCACCGGAGAAAUCACCGAGGUGAAGCUCAUGAAUGGCUUCGGUUUCAUAGAGUACAAGGACCCUAUGGAUGCCCGCGAUGUUGUACCGGAUGGUUCUGAUUUCAUGGGAGAACGACUCACCGUUCAAUUCGCUCGUGGUUCCCGGCAUCGCGAGGGCGGUUUUGGCAACCAAGAGCGCACCGCGCCGCGGCCUCGUCGAACCCCUCAUCGAAUGCAGAUUACGGGACUUCCAAACGAUACCUCUUGGCAGGACCUCAAAGACUUUGCUCGCCAGUCUAGCUUGGACGUGGUCUACUCUGAGACUGGCCGCGAAUCAAACGGCCGAGGUUUCGUCGAAUUCGAGACUGCUGCGGACUUGAGAACGGCUGUCGAUAAGCUCGAUGGCCGCGAAUUCAAGGGCCAGCGAGUCCAAUGCGUUGCUGACACUCAGCCCGAGAUUCCGCCUCGCGAACGUGGUCGAUCCCGUUCUCCGGGACGACGCCCAUACCCUCCACCUAUGGACGACUACGACCGACGCGGUCCUCCCCGAGGUUAUAGUCCUCGCCGGGAUGGAUACGGCUAUCGCGAUCGCAGCCCUCGACGGGAUUACUAUGACGACCGUGCUCGCUACCGAUCGCCACCUCGUCGUCCCAUGGAAGACUACCCCCCACCUCCUCCCCGUGGUCGCUAUGAUGACCCCUACCGACGAGACUACCCUCCCCCGCCGGAUCCUUAUGCUAAUGGCCGACCGCCAUACGACCGACCCCCUCGAGAUUUCCCUCCGCGAGAGGCUGGAUACCCACGAGAGGGUGGUUAUCCGCGAGACUAUGAUCGUGGUGGUGCACGCUACUGGUAA